AUGUCAGGAGAGGAAAUCUGGUCAUCAACUGAAGAAGAAUACGGAAAAUCUCUGCCUCCAUUUGAUAACAAGAGUGGCUACAAUUCUAGAACAGGCAUUUAUCACUCUCUUGUUAAGCUUGGAACCAAGCAUGAAAUUCCAACAAAGCCUGACCUUAACGCUACUAAUUAUGUGCUGUCACAGUUUCCACAAGCAGACCUUGCUGAGGCAAGAAUUGCAUUCAUUGAUUCAGGUACUAAUCGGAGUUUAAGCUAUGGCGAUCUUCGCCGGUCUAUUUACUCCCUUGCAUCAGCUUUGUUCCAUGGACUUGAGGUUAGGAAAGGUGAUGUGGUACUUGUAUUGUCACCAAACUCAAUCUUAUACUCAACCAUAUGCCUAGCUGUGUUAUCGGUUGGAGCAGUUUUGACCACUGCUAACCCUCUCAACACUGAGGCAGAAAUUGCCAAGCAAUUACGCGAUUCAGGUGCUAAACUAGCCAUCUCAGCACCUGAGGAGCUACACAAAUUGGUCCCAACUGGGAUUCCUACAAUUCUCACUUUGCGUCCUUCUGAUGGGGAAAUGUUAUCAGUUGAAGAGUUAAUAGAAGGCUGUUAUAAUUCACCAGAGUUGCCACAUGUUCCCGUGGCACAAUCAGACACUGCUGCUAUACUUUACUCUUCAGGGACUACAGGAGUAAGCAAAGGUGUAGUUUUGACACAUGCAAAUCUCAUUUCCAUAAUGAGACUACUCUUCUGGUCUGCUGAUGUAAGUGCAUCCCAAGAUGAUGUUUUCUUGGCCUUCAUUCCAAUGUUUCAUGUGUAUGGACUGGUGUUCUUUGGAUUAGGAUUGUUGUGUGUUGGUGUUAAAACCAUUUUGAUGCAGAAAUUUGAUUUCCAAGCUAUGCUUGUUGCUAUCCAAAAACACAAAGUUAAUAACUUACCAGCAGUGCCACCAGUGAUCCUUGCACUAGUGAAAUAUGCAAGCAAAGCUAGAUGUGACUUGUCAAGCCUAAGAAGGGUGGGAUCAGGUGCUGCACCUUUGAGCAGAGAAGUGUCACAGGAGUUUAGAAAAACGUUCCCUUGGGUUGAACUUAGGCCAGGUUAUGGGCUAACAGAAAGUUGCGGGGCUGCAUCAUUUUUUGUUUCAGAUAAAGAUGCAAAAGCUCAUCAAGAUUCAUGUGGGAAGUUGAUUCCAACUUUUUGUGCAAAAGUGAUAGACAUUGAAACAGGCAAGCCUUUGCCUCCUUGUAAGGAAGGAGAGUUAUGGUUGAAAAGUCCUUCUAUUAUGAAAGGAUAUUUAGGAAAUAUGGAGGCAACAACUGCAACAAUUGAUUCAGAAGGUUGGUUGAGAACAGGUGAUCUUGGUUAUAUUGAUGAGAAUGGAUUUGUUUAUAUAGUUGAACGAAUAAAGGAGCUAAUCAAGCACAAUGGGUAUCAGGUGGCUCCUGCAGAACUGGAAUCUGUGCUGCUAGGUCAUCCCCUUAUAGUUGAUGCAGCAGUUAUACCAGUUGAAGAUGAAGAAACUGGACAGAUACCAAUGGCAUAUGUGGUGAGAGCAGCUGGGUCUAAACUCUCAGAAGAUCAAGUCAUUCAAUAUGUUGCAGGCCAGGUGGCUCCAUAUAAGAAAGUUAGAAGGGUGAGUUUCAUUGACACAAUUCCAAGGUCAGUUGCUGGUAAGAUAUUGCGCAAGGAUCUUGUUUCUCAAAGCAAAUAUCAACUUGUCUCCAAGUUAUGA